UGGCGCAGGCGUUGUGCGUCACAGCAGCGCUCGCCUGCGCUUCCCAGAGUCCUUUGCGGCCGCUCCCCCGAGGCCUCUCGUGUGUGACUCUCCUUCGCCGCGCCCGUGAAGCCGCCCUCCUCCGCCCCAGGGCGUCAAGUCCCAGCCGGGGUCGCCUCCCGCUCAGAAACGAAACACCUGGGGCCAAGGCGGCACGCGAGGGCCCUAUGCCCGAGGGCAGGAGAACUCGGGGGCACCCGAGCCCCAGGCCUCCGGGCUUGGGCCUGCAUGGAGGGCGCCCGCCAAAGGGCUUGGAAACGUCUGAAGCCCCAGGUAGGAAAACCAAAGCAGAGGUUGAUUCUGGAGCUUUGAAGAUGUCAUUUAAUAUGAAAGCUGGAGUUACGGCACACUUUUUUCCCGGUUCUUGAUCAGACUAUUCAGAGAUCAUAUAUAAAACUGAGAACUGCAGGCUUAUGAAGGUGUGCAACAUGCAGGAAAUGCUGGGAGGAUACACUCAAUUUUAAGUCCCAUCGCUUUAAUGCCUGCAGGAAAUGCAAAGGCUAAGGCAUUCGCUACAUCAAGACUGAAGACAGUGGUCAUUUUACUUUAGCAGCAGUGACUGAACAUUUAUUCCUGAACACAAAUUGGAGGUGUCAGUAGGAGUCUUCUGGCUAUGGGAUAGUUGGUUUACCAUACCAAAGAGGAGAUUUUAUAUGGCUUUAGAAGAAACCAGAAAAAACAUCCCAAAUUCUGGACUUCCAGAGAUUGUUUUAUCAUUGGGGCUGAAUUUUUUAGGCAGCUAUAUUGUCAGCUUCCAAUCUGAAAUAAUUGGUGUGGGUCAGAGUGGACGUUCUGAAUAGGCAGUUUCUGACAGCCCACAAUGUCUCUGCCCUAUGCAAAAGCCAUGCCAAGGGAUCCAGCUCAAGCAGAAGACCUGCCACUUGUGGAUGGAAACUGUUGCCAUUUCCUAUCUGCAAACUUCAUCACAGUAGUGGAAAGAUGUAUGAACUCCAUGCAAGCUGGGACCCAGAUGAUCAAACUACGCGGUGGUUCCAAGGGGCUGGUCCGUUUUUAUUAUCUGGAUGAACACAAGUCAUGUAUUCGCUGGAGACCAUCUCGAAAGAAUGAGAAAGCCAAAAUCUCCAUCGACUCCAUCCAGGAGGUGUGCGAGGGGAAGCAGUCGGAGAUCUUUCAGCGCUAUGCUGAUGGCAGUUUUGACCCCAAUUGCUGCUUCAGCAUCUACUAUGGAGACCACAUGGAGUCGCUUGAUUUGGUGUCAUCCAGCGGGGAGGAGGCCCGCACGUGGAUCACAGGGCUCAAGUACCUGAUGGCAGGGAUCAGUGAUGAAGACAGCCUGUCGAAACGCCAGAGAACCAGAGACCAGUGGUUGAAGCAAACCUUUGAUGAGGCAGAUAAGAAUGGAGAUGGCAGUUUGAGUAUUAAUGAGGUGCUCCAGCUGAUGCACAAACUGAAUGUAAACCUCCCUCGACAAAAAGUCAAGCAAAUGUUUAAGGAGGCUGACACAGAUGAUAACCAGGGCACACUGGGCUUUGAUGAGUUCUGUGCCUUCUACAAGAUGAUGUCGACACGGCGUGACCUGUACCUACUCAUGCUUACCUAUAGCAACCACAAGGACUACCUGGACACAGAGGAUCUGAAGCGCUUCCUUGAGGUUGAACAAAAGAUGACUAACGUGACCAAGGAGCACUGCCUGGAAAUCAUCAAUCAGUUUGAACCAUGUCUGGAAAACAAGAAGCAGGAGGCCCUGGGAAUUGACGGCUUCACCAACUACAUGCGGAGCCCUUCAGGGGAUAUCUUCAACCCAGAACACUACCAGGUGAAUCAGGACAUGUCUCAGCCGUUGAGCCACUACUUCAUCACCUCUUCACAUAACACCUACCUCAUGGGGGAUCAGCUGAUGUCUCAGUCCAGGGUGGACAUGUACUCCUGGGUGCUGCAGUCUGGCUGUCGCUGUGUGGAAGUUGACUGCUGGGAUGGGCCAGAUGGCGAACCAAUUGUCCACCACGGAUACACCCUGACCUCCAAAAUACUCUUCAAAGAUGUGAUUGAAACCAUCAACAAAUACGCCUUCAUCAAGAAUGAGUACCCUGUUAUUUUAUCUAUAGAGAACCACUGCAGCGUCAUCCAGCAGAAGAAGAUGGCUCAGUAUCUUAUUGAAAUCCUAGGAGACAAGCUGGAUCUGUCUUCAGUGCACAAUGAAGAUCCCACCAAACUGCCUUCCCCAGACAGUCUUAAAGGGAAGAUAUUAGUUAAGGGAAAGAAACUUCCAGCUAAUAUUAGUGAGGAUGCAGAGGAAGGAGAAGUGUCUGAUGAGGACAGUGCUGAUGAGAUUGAUGAUGACUGCAAACUCAUGAAUGGAGAUGCUUCCACCAAUCGGAAGCGAGUAGAACAUAUAGCAAAGAAGAAACUUGACUCGCUGAUAAAGGAAUCCAAAAUCCGUGAUUGUGAAGAUCCAAACAAUUUUACAGUCACCACUCUGCCCUCAUCUGGAAAGCUCAGCCACAAGUCAGACAUCAAGAAGAAAUACAGUUCCAUGGCACAUUCGGUAGGAGACAAGGCUAUGAACAAACUCGAGGAUGAUGUAGAAUCUGGGGAAGACUCAAGCGGCAAACGACACAGCCGUUCACUGAUGGGCAGCUUUUCCAAGCGCAAGAAAAAAGGAGGCAAACUGAAAAGGGCAUCCAGUCUGGAAGAGGGAGAAGAUGACCUGGACUCUCAAGGAAACUUAGCAAGGGGCUCAGUACAUUACAGCAGGAUGAGCCGUCAGAAGAAAACAAUGAAGCUUUCCCGUGCUCUUUCUGACUUGGUGAAGUACACAAAAUCUGUUGGGAUCCAUGAUGUUGAAACUGAAUUUGCUUCCAGUUGGCAGGUCUCAUCUUUCAGUGAGACAAAGGCCCAUCAGAUACUACAACAAAAGCCAGCACAAUAUCUACGCUUCAACCAACACCAGUUGUCUCGCAUCUACCCAUCUUCUUAUCGGGUAGACUCUAGCAACUACAAUCCCCAGCCCUUUUGGAAUGCUGGCUGCCAGCUGGUUGCACUAAACUACCAGUCAGAGGGGAGAAUGCUGCAGCUGAACCGGGCCAAGUUCAGUGCCAACGGGAAUUGCGGCUACGUCCUCAAACCAAAGUGCAUGUGUCAAGGUGUCUUUAAUCCAAAUUCUGAGGACCCACUACCUGGUCAGCUGAAGAAGCAGCUUGUGUUGAGGAUUAUCAGUGGGCAACAGCUCCCAAAGCCACGGGACUCCAUGCUGGGAGACAGAGGAGAGAUCAUAGAUCCAUUUGUAGAAGUGGAGAUCAUAGGAUUACCAGUGGACUGCUACAAAGAACAAACCAGAGUAGUUGAUGACAACGGUUUCAAUCCAAUGUGGGAGGAGACUCUGGUGUUCAUGGUGCACAUGCCAGAGAUUACGCUUGUUCGGUUCCUGGUUUGGGAUCACGAUCCAAUUGGGCGGGAUUUUAUUGGACAGAGGACGAUAGCUUUUAACAGCAUGAUGCCAGGCUAUCGGCAUGUGUACCUGGAAGGUAUAGAAGAGGCAUCCAUCUUUGUUCAUGUAGCUAUUAAUGACAUCUGUGGUAAGGUCAAGCAAGCUCUGGGCUUAAAAGGCCUAUUUCUCAGAAAUCCAAAGCAGGCCUCUCUAGACAGUCAUGCUGCUGGUCAGCUCCAUCGCAAACACUCCUUUAGCAGUCACAUCUUACGUCGGACAGCCAGCGCACCCACCAAGAGCCAGAAGAAGAACAAGAAGGGCUUUCCUGAGAUUGCUAUCGAUACCAAAGACAACAGCUCUGAAGGGGCCAGUGAAGACCGUGAACUGGAAGACUCCUCACAGCCUCGCUUUGAGCAAGAGCCGGAAAGCACUUCUCCAUUCCCGGCUCCCAGGGAUGGUGCCAAUGGGGAAGUACAUGGCAAGGGGUUGAAAGAUGUCCGCCAAUUCUCAAUGCAGAGGUCUGUCACCUCCUUAUGCAGCUUAGAAACUAUUACCGAAGAGCCCAUCAUUGCCAAUGAAAACCAACAUGCCGGUUCUUGUUUCCCUCUACCUGUUAUGCCCCCCAGCGAUUCUGAAGAAGAGUCUGUGUCUGAUCAUUCUGCUGAAUCUAGAUCAGAAGAAGAUGGCCCAUCAGACCUGCCUGAGAGAGCUCUUCUUGCUAAAGGACCAAGAGUGGGCUUGACUGCAGAAGAUCAAGUGCUCAUAAUCCCAGGAGCAGUUGUCACAAACAUGUUGGUCCAGGUAGAUGAAAGGAUAUAUACAGAAGAACACUUUAGAGAUGGUGAUAGUUGGAAACGGACAUACAGUCGUGCUGAAGAUCAGUCUCGUUUGGCAGCAAAUCCUCAACAAACCUGGGGGGUCUUUGCACCAAGUGAUGCUUCAGCCCAUUCUGCUGAGCACUGCCAGGAACAAGAAGACCACAUAGAUCGAUCGCUUACAGGUGUGCACAGCAUUGCCAGAUCCAUGAGCCAGGAGGGUGGUGCCACAGCCAUCUCACCACAACCAUGCAACUUGAAUAAUAACACACAGCUGACUUUGCCUCCAGAUGCUUUCCAGAAACCCCAGCCUGCCCAGGAUCUGGCUGCUCCUGUUUCUCAAACAGGCUGUCAUAUGUUAAUAAAGAGAUCAAAGAGUGAAGGGCACAAGAUUUCAGACCACUCAGCCUUAAUGAAAAAUCCCAGUAGCCUGUCCCCAGCGGCAGAAAUAUACUUUGAUGCCACCAUAAAUGACCAGAUCUGGAGCAAGUUAGAUUCCAGCAAUCAUAGGGACAGCAUGUCUUCCUCCUCCAGCAUGUCCUCCAAUGACACUGUGAUAGAUCUUUCUCUCCCUAACCUAGCUCGCAAAAGCCUCCCAGAUCUAGGUACCCAGCAUGAAAACUUUGAGCCCAUUGCUGUGAGAAAAGGUAUGCGUCCACGGUCUGCUACAACUUCCAGUAGUGAAAUGCCAAUGGUGACCAAGAGCAAAUCCAAUCCUAAUCUGCGGUCUGGUCAACUCCCGGUGGAUGAGAUAUGCCCUCGGCCUUUGGCCAGGGGUCCUCAAGGCACAUUGUCAUCUAUUCCUAGGAGGCAUACUUGGAACAGGCUCUACAUGGAAAGUCUGAAGCAAGCCUCUCUCAAGUCCAAAGACCAGGACAGAGUUGGAACUAGCCAAGCAAAAUCCAAGAGCCUUGGAGAUCUCACCUCUGAUGAUAUUGCAUGCACUUUUGAAAGCAAGUACCGAAGUAUCAGCAGGAGCUUUGUCACUAGAUCAAUGCGGGAGCAGCGCCGCUCCUCAGGCUUGAGGCCUUCAGCCAAGCCCCAGGAUGAGCUGACUGAGCAGCUGAAGAAGUUGAUGGCCUUUCAACAGGAAAAUGACAUCACCUCCCCGAUCUGUCUUGAGCCCAUUGAAUCAGAGGAGGAAGAGGAAGGUCUGGGACUCCUCCGCAGGUCAUCCUCUCGCAGCCAGAGCAGGGUGCGGUACAUCGCCAACCGGGCCAAGCAAGCUCAGGAGAGGCAGCGGCUGCAAAGCCUGAGCCAGGUCAGCAACAGUCCCAUUGAGGAGAGGGGAAACCCAGAGGGAGCCUGCUGCAUUGCAAAAGGGGUUUGUACGGACACCACUUCUCCCAGUCUGUUUACAUCCCAACCCAAGAACCAAACUGAUUUUAACAGUGACACUGAGGUCUUCUUUAUGCUGAAACUCUAAUGUUGGGAAGUGCUGAACAAAGUUGAUGUUUACAUUCCUGCCCAAGCAGAACACAGUAAACCAAGAGGCAUGAAAUGCCCUAACACGGGAGGAUUCCUCACCCCUAUGGAGGUAAAGGAACUGAAGAGAUUGGAUGGAAUGGAAUGGGCAGUGACUCGAGUGAAUAGCACACAAAUUAUUGGACAUAAAAAUUCAAGGAACCAUAUUACUUUGGAAGCUUGCACAUAUAGCUACAAUUUUAAGGGCCUGAAUUUGGGGGGAGGGGGAUGUAUUUUAUUUUAUUUUAAAUGUUAUUAAGCCUCCAAUCUGAUCUCCUUUAUGUGACACCCAGUAUGCACCUGUGGCCACAUCUACAUGUGCGCUUAACUUCAGAGUAGACUAAUUAGCUGAGCAGUAAAGCAUCACCAUCUACACGUACGAUGGUAUUAGGCCACAGUAAACUAAUUAAUGCUGCUGUAAGAUGUUACUAUCAAGAACGGUACAGUCAAAGACACUACUGUCUUACAGCGGGAUAAUUAACUGCAAUAAACGCAUGUGUAGAUGCUGACUGCCAGUGUAAAUUGUGCCCAGCCAGCCCAGCCAGCAGUGGGUCAGACUCCUGCCUGCCACCGAGCCACACAGAUAUGCCCUUUCAGCACUCUUGUGCCCCAGCCAGCCCCUCCACCUCCCAGGGCUGACUUCCUGUAGCCCUGGCCCUGGCAUAAACUGCUCCACCCCGGCUCAGAUUGAUGCUGUCCCGGGCACACAUGUAGAUGCUAUGCCUUGGAGUAGUUUACUCAGUGCUCAAGCUGCUCAGGAGUUGAUUGCUUCAAAUUAAUUGCACAUGUAGAUGCACCCAGUGUGUGCAAGUCACUUCGUUUCACACGUGUCCCUAAUUAUUUCUUCCUACAAGGGAAACAUCUAGGUGAUGCUAAUGGUAUCCACAGAUACUUGCUCUUGCAAACGGCAGGUCUGCAAAGGAGGCCUGGCUUUAAAACCUAGUCUCUGAUGUGUUUUAAAGUUUUGAAGAGACUGAGGCUUCUGGGGGCGUCUUCUGUACCAGAUAGUCUGUGCAGUUGUUUUCUGCAUUAAGAAUAUAGCCAAUGAAGCACACCCCAUCCAUGCCGAACUUGUUCGUUCCAGCAAAAGUCCAUAUUGCCUCGUUCUUUGUUGCGAAGAAUAAAGGUCUCACUCUGUUCAGAAACAGUACUUCUUAACCCAUCUAUCUAUAUAUGUGAACUGAGACCAUUCCUUGUUUCAGAAUCUAACAUGGGGAGGGAGCUAGCAAAUCAGGCAGGAAAUAUCACUUAUUGACUUUGUUCGGCUCAGAAAAGGCUAAAUGAAUGCUACUCUUUCCUUGAAAAGAGAGCUGCCCCUUUUACAUGGUAUUUUAACAAUGCUGCUGUACAUAGCACCUUUGGGAUGAAUUAUACAAUUUCUGUUUUGCACUGCCAUGCAAGAUUUUCAAUGAUAUGUUUUAAAAAGAUAUAUUUAAAUUUUUAGAAGAAUACAUUUAGAAUUAAAUACCAACCUAAACAAAAACGUUUUUCAUUUUUUUACCUUUUUAUUUUUAGUUUUUAUUUCAGGAUUAUCAUGUCAUUUAUUAUAGAUGAACAUUUUAUUGGUGCGGGAAGAGAAUGUUUAAUGAGAUAAGUUUUAAAAGAGGGCAGAAGUUUUAAUUUUAUUUUCAGCCUGUCUAGAGUUCUUUAUUGGAGGCAUUCUGUUUUUUGUUUGUAAUGGUUCUUCUCUGUGUAUUGCAAAAUUUUAAAAUCUGUUUGUAAAACCAUCUGACACUACUCAAAUAAAAGUAUUUAACCUUUCA